AUGGGCUAAAGAAGCCCAGGACACAACAAUCCCAGAGGCCCAGAGAGCAAAGCAAACUUCAGACCCAGGCACAGGACUCAACGGUAUAUUCCUGGACAGCAAGGUACUAUAAUGGCAACCACAAUCUGUUUCAUCAUCUGGUUGUUAUUGAUAGCAGAUACUGCAUGGACUCGAAGUGUGAGGCAGGUCUAUGAGGUAAAUGAGCCAGACGAUUGGACUAUGCAUGACUUCGAUUGUCCCAGGGAAUGUUUCUGUCCCCCCAGUUUCCCUACUGCUUUAUACUGUGAAAAUCGAGGUCUCAAAGAAAUCCCGGCUAUUCCUUCAAGGAUCUGGUAUCUUUAUCUUGAAAACAACCUGAUAGAAACCAUUCCUGAGAAGCCAUUCGAGAAUGCCACCCAGCUGCGAUGGAUAAAUCUAAACAAGAACAAAAUCACCAACUAUGGAAUUGAAAAAGGAGCCCUGAGCCAACUAAAGAAGCUGCUUUUCUUAUUUCUGGAAGAUAAUGAGCUAGAGGAGGUACCUUCUCCAUUGCCAAGAAGUUUAGAACAAUUGCAAUUAGCUAGGAACAAGGUGUCCAGAAUUCCUCAAGGGACCUUCAGCAAUCUGGAGAAUUUGACCCUUCUUGACCUGCAGCACAAUAAACUAUUAGACAACGCCUUUCAAAGAGACACCUUUAAGGGACUCAAGAACCUCAUGCAGCUAAAUAUGGCCAAGAACGCCCUGAGGAAUAUGCCACCAAGAUUACCAGCCAAUACAAUGCAACUAUAUUUAGACAACAAUUCCAUUGAAGGAAUACCAGAAAAUUAUUUUAAUGUGAUUCCUAAAGUGGCCUUCCUGAGGCUCAACCACAACAAAUUAUCAGAUGCAGGUCUCCCUUCAAGUGGUUUUAAUGUAUCAUCAAUUAUAGAUCUUCAACUGUCUCACAAUCAACUCACAAAGGUUCCCCGAAUCAGUGCUCAUCUCCAGCAUCUUCACCUUGAUCAUAACAAAAUUAAAAAUGUGAACGUCUCUGUAAUAUGUCCUACCACUUCCACCCUGCCUGCAGAGCACGAUAUCUUCAGUUAUGGACCUCAUCUUCGCUACCUCCGUCUGGAUGGAAAUGAAAUCAAACCACCAAUCCCAAUGGAUUUAAUGACCUGCUUCAGGCUCCUGCAGGCUGUCGUUAUUUAA